CUUUGUUCGGCGCGGCGGUGCAGCGCUCAUGCCCGCGGUGGAGGGUUCUGACUCCGGGAGGAUGGACGGUGUGUCGCUGGGUCUGGUGGCCACACCGGCCUCGCCACGUCCAAACUGCAACACGGACUCGGAGGAGGACACGAUGGAUGGAGGGAUGCUCACCUUCAACCAGACGCACAUGAGGAAGGCUUUCCAGCUCAUGAACGACCUGAGGAGUAAAAAGAUGCUCUGUGACGUCCAGUUGGUGGCAGGGAGCGUUGAAGUGCCAGCUCACAGGGUGGUCCUGGCGUCCUGUAGCCCCUACUUUUGUGCCAUGUUUACAGGUGAUAUGAGUGAGAGUAAGGCCCGUCAGGUGGAGAUCAGAGAGGUGGACGGACAGACGCUGAGGAAACUGGUGGACUACAUCUACACAGCUGAGAUCGAGGUCACAGAGGACAACGUCCAGGUUCUGCUGCCAGCAGCCAGUCUCCUCCAGCUGAUGGAUGUUCGGCAGGUUUGUUGUGAGUUCCUUCAGUCUCAGCUUCACCCCACCAACUGUCUGGGCAUCAGAGCCUUCGCUGACCUGCACACAUGCACGCAGCUUCUCAACCAAGCCCACGCAUACGCCGAGCAGCAUUUCACUGAAGUGGUGCAGGGCGAGGAGUUUCAGGGCCUGUCUCUGCAGCAGGUGUGCGGCCUCAUCGCUAGCGACAAACUCACAGUUUCCACGGAAGAGAAGGUGUUCGAGGCCAUGAUAGCCUGGAUCAAGCACGAUAAGCCGGCUCGCCUGGAGCACAUGCCCAAACUGAUGGAGCAUGUCAGACUUCCUCUGCUGUCCAGGGAUUACUUGGUGCAGAUAGUCGAGGAGGAGGCUUUGAUUAAGAACAACAACACCUGUAAAGAUUUCCUCAUCGAAGCAAUGAAGUAUCACCUGCUGCCAGCCGACCAGCGGCACCUCAUCAAGACGGACAGGACCCGACCAAGAACGCCGAUCAGCAUCCCAAAAGUGAUGAUCGUCGUGGGCGGUCAGGCUCCUAAGGCGAUCCGCAGCGUGGAGUGUUACGACUUUCAGGAGGACCGAUGGUACCAAGUUGCUGAUCUGCCUUCAAGACGCUGCAGGGCCGGUGUGGUUUCCAUGGCCGGCUGCGUGUACGCUGUCGGGGGCUUCAACAGUUCACUGCGCGAGCGGACGGUGGACGUGUACGACGGAGGGAGGGACCAGUGGAGCGCGGUGGCGAGCAUGCAGGAAAGACGGAGUACUCUGGGAGCGGCGGUGUUGACGGAUUUACUGUACGCCGUGGGAGGCUUUAACGGAAGUAUAGGUCUGUCGACGGUGGAGGUCUACAACUCCAAAUCCAACGAGUGGAUCUAUGUCGCCUCCAUGAACACGAGGCGCAGCAGCGUGGGAGUCGGGGUGGUGGAGGGUAAGUUGUACGCAGUCGGAGGUUAUGAUGGAGCGUCUCGUCAGUGUCUCAGUACAGUGGAAGAGUACGACCCGGUCGCUGAUCAGUGGUGCUAUGUAGCUGACAUGAGCACACGGCGCAGCGGGGCAGGUGUAGGUGUGCUGGGAGGUCAGCUGUAUGCAGCAGGAGGUCACGACGGCCCUCUGGUGAGGAAGAGUGUGGAGGUGUAUGAGCCACAGAUCAACAGCUGGAGGCCGGUCUGUGACAUGAACAUGUGCCGGAGAAACGCAGGUGUGUGUGCCAUUAACGGGCUGCUGUACGUGAUCGGAGGAGACGACGGCUCGUGUAACCUUUCCUCCGUGGAGUUUUACAACCCGGCCACGGACAAGUGGAGCCUCAUUCCACAAACAUGA